GUAUGUAUUUCUCCGUGACCGUUGGUGUGGAUGGUAUGGCGUCAGUAUAAGUUGUAGAUGGAUUUUAUGCAUUCUGUUUGGAAUUGUGAUUAAUCUAAUGUUAUAAUGGAUGCAAACUUUAUGGAUUUUGCUAGUGUGUCAUCGGAGAACCAGUCCUCUCAGAGCUGCCACAUUUGCUCACUGGCAAAUGGGAUGCAGCAAUGACUUUAACAUCUAUGGACUCAAGUCGAUUCUGAACUUUAUAAUGGAUUUGAAGAACACACAGUCGCUGAUUGUUCGUGAACCUGAGGAUAUUCUUCCCCGUUUGGAAACGACUAUUCUCGAUCGCAAGAAACAGUACGUCGAUAAAAUCGAAGUACUGUUAGCAUCAUGGGAGCAUGUAUCGACUUACCUGAUAGGUGCAACACCCGAACUGAUAGACAAGCUGAUAAGUUUCAUUUACAGGCACACGCUGCAUAUGAUACUGAAAGUUGAGUGGAAGCGAAUGAACAAGGCCAUCAAAACCCAUCUGAUGGUCACAGUGACAAGAUGUCAACGUGAACUGGACAGAAGGAAUAUAAAUGGCCUUUGUAUUGCACUCUGCAAUAAUCUCAUCAGCAUCAUGAAUGACCCCUGGGACAUAAAAACAUUGACUGAUAUCAUUCAGGGCAACCAGCAUACCUAUCAAGAAGUACAAAAAUAUUUUACCAGUGAAAACGGGGUUCUAAUCGUGAUGAGGAUAGAGGCUCUUGUAGAUUCGAAAUGUGAAGACUUUGCUCUACGGCUGGCAGAUACCUGUCAACUAUUUUUGAAAACUGAGAAAGCCAAGGAAUCGAACAAUAAUGCUUCUAUGGAGGAAGUCAACGAGCAGAUCUUGGCAACAUACCAACUUGAUCUAAUCAUCGAUCUCUACCUCACGCUGUUGUCUCGUUGUGGGAAGAACUCUGAUCUGAAAUCCGUAUUUCAGAAUUAUAACCUGACGGAGGGUGUUGACCUGCUUCGCCGGUUUCGUAAUCGCAAAUGCGGAUUUGGUUUGAGUGCAAAGCUGUGGAAGAAUUAUAAAAAGAUAGUCGAAAUCGGUUCCUGUGUAUUCUUGACUAACGCCUUCCUCCAACCGAUCGAACAAAUUGAAAAUUGCAAUAUUUUGGAAGCGCUUAUCACAGAGUGGCUCACUUUUCAAAACGGCAGCCAUUUGGAGGAUGUUAUUAAAAAGCUAGUCUACUCGGCACUGUCUUCUCAGCACAUCUAUACGUUCUGCCAAGUCUUGAUAAAGCAUUUUGGCACGACGUUGAAACCGUUUUGCAUCGAACUAUUCGUGAUAGCGCUAACUGUCAACAUGAACGAAGUCGAGACCCAGAGAGACAAAAAUGACAAGGAGAAAGUUAAAGAAACAGAGAUACAACUAGCGAAUGGUUAUCUGCUUUUGGCAGAUUUGUUUCAGGAUGACGUAGGCAUUAGUCGGGAAUGUGUAUUGACUGCGUUUUCAUUGAACCCUACCAAAUCAAGCCUGGAACGAAUCAAAAGUUUGGCAGUGGCUUGUGGUAAGUGCACCGAUAAGACACCAAGUGACCAGCAGCAUCCAACCUGCACUGACUGCUCUUCCCAAACAGACAGCAAAUGUUCAAAAUGCAGCUCCAGCUCAAUAAAUGCAAGUCUUCCAGAUAAUAGUACAAAGAAAGAACGAACCCUCGAUGCAUUAAUACGUAUCAAAGGCAAAUCGGUGACUGAAUCAACCAACUACGAUGUGCUAUCUGCUCCGAGUCAAGUGUUGGAUGCCGAAUCCCUUGGUCUCUCCGUCGUAUUGUGCAAUGACCUGGCAACGGUGAUAAGCAGUCCUCGCUACCAAAUGUUGAACUGGGUCCUAGAUUGGCCCGAACUUCUCUCCAUCUGUGAGUCGUAUCUAGAGUCGAACGGUGAAAUGAAAAAUCAAACCAAAGAGUUGAAAUUCCUCAAUAUAGACUACAAUAUUUUCAAAGAUUGGCCUGAAGAAGUUGACAGUGAUAUGUAUUGUGGAAUAGAAAAAGGCUAUGAACAAUGCAUCGAGCCAAAUGAUGAGUAUUAUGUGCCUCCUCCAAUUAUUACUAAGAAAAUUGAUUCCGAUUCAUCAGAAUCGUUAAUGACCGGCAAACCGAAGAAGAAGCGGCCAAGAGUAACAAAAAAUUCCACCGAUGUUACCCAAACUAAAAGGAAGAGAAAACCUAGAACUGUUGCGUUGAAAGAUGAAGCAGUUCCUCUUAAUGUGUCAGAUGCAGAUACAGCAACUCAAGAUAGUAUUCUAAAUACCGAUAGUUUGGGUAGUGAUGGCUUUCAACCUAAUCAAGUAAAAACGAAUCUCAAGGCUCCAAGAGUUGUCAAAAGAAAAGCUCAGAGGAAGCCUAAAAAAGUUCAAAGUCAAGAACUGACCAAUGCAGUUAACAGCCAAGAACAAACCAAUCAAGUUAACCAAGAACUGACCAAUGAAAGUAGCAUUUGUAGCAUUGGCAGCGAUUUUUCAAAUAAUGAAGAACUCUUGACCAGUUUCGUAAGCACGCCAAACAACAUCUCUCUACUCAGAAAAGUUACUGAUCCUUUUGUAUUGAAUGUCAAGGCUCCAAAAGCUGUCAAAGCUCCGCGGAAGGCCAAAGAAGUUCAUAGUCGAGAACUGACCAAUGAAGUUAACGGCCAACAACUGACCAAUGAAAGUAGCAUUGGCAGUGAUUUGUCAAAUAAUGACGAAUUCUUGACCAGUUUUGUAAGCACGCCAAACAACAUCUCCCUACUCAAAAAAGUCAGUGAUCCUUUUGUGUUGAAAACACUGCGGAUGUUUCGUCGAACGCCCACUCACCAGGUCUCUCCCAUGACCUCCGAUGAUCCUGAACCCUUCUUCAAUAUGAACAAUAAUUUCAAACCGAUCGAAAAUAUAUCUCGUACGCUUGGAAAUGGACAAACACCACCAAUUCGACCGCAUUUCAACAACCAAAAGUCCAAAGCUUUGCCGCACACUAGACUCAAAUCCAAAUUUGAUGACAACUUCAUGCAAAAAAAUGAUGAGAAUUGUCUAAAUGGCAAAAACGUCUCAACUGACCUGAUCACUCGAGACAACUUGUGUAAAACAGUACCUGGCUUGAAUUCGUUGGAUAUGAUAAUUCCCAAUAUAAUGCAGCCCACCGUUCAAAUUGUUCAGCUUCCUGAUAACUGGAAUCAGGCAAAUAGUUCUCAAAGUUCCGAAGUUGUAUCAUCACUUCAACAGACUAAUUCAACAACAACCAGUGACCAGAAUAAAUCAAACACAUCAUCAUCGACAAGUACAAAUACAGGUGAUGCAGCAUCAGCUGAUGUGCAGAGCGGUGCAGCGCAAUCAACAUCAUCCAGCAGUUCGGAACAAACUCAAACCAUCAAUCAAUCUGUGCCUAGUGCUUUUACUCAGGUUGUAUCAACCGCUAAAGCAUCGCAAACCUCGAAUCGACAAUCUAGAGUAUCGCAAACCAGUAUGACGGCAACCGUGACUUCAAGUGAGCCCAGUCACGUGCACACAGCUGUGUCAAAGCCCACUACAACGAUGACUUCAGCAUCUGUUAACACUGUGAAUACGGGCCAGUAUGAACCACUUUCAAAAAACGCAUCUCCAAGCAAUAAAUCAAACUCACAUCAGCAAACUUCAGUCUCUUCAAACCUCGAUCCUACUAAAGCUAAAAUGCUCGCUAUGGCAAAGGAUUCAUUGUCGAAUAAGCCCUCUCUACGCAAACAAAUCAAUCGUUCUAUAGAAGGCAGAAUACUGAGUAUUGUAGAAUCAAUAAAGGAAAGAAAACCUAAUUCAACUGAUGAUGGUAAAAGUGCUACUUCGUCGAAUGAAUCGGACAUUCCAAGAUUAAUACCUUGUACAAAAGAUUCUAUGACGAAUAGUUCUGGAGAAGUUCGAAGUACCAAUGAAGUGUGCAUACAUGUACAGGCCUCAGAUAUCGAAUUUACCAACUCAAAAACAGUAUCCAUUGCAAAAGAAUCAUUGCCCAAAUAUUCAGAGGAUGCCCGUGGAUUAUCUUUGGCAAAUAAACCAAUUUUGAGAAUACAAGUACCACGCUUAGAGCAUUGUUUAGAAGGAAAAUUAGUUAAUCUGAAUGAAACUGCCAAAGAUAAAAAAUCAAAUGUUUCUGAUGAAAAAAACGCUAGCUCAGUGACUACUCCAUUGCAAGUCUUCACAUCAGAUCGCGAAAACCAAAUUUCCAAAUCCAGAUUACUGGCCAUUGCAAAAGACUUAAUUCCUGGUAAUUUUGUGUCGGAAGACAGUCGAAAUUCCAGUACACCUGGCAAAGCAAAUUUUCGACUUCAAGUAAAAAGUUGGAAGGACUUAGAGGGAAAACCAGUCAAUGACACUGCUAACCAAAAGUCUGAUUCUUCUGAACAAGUUGGAUGUAGCCAGAUUGCAAGUUUGCCAAAAUUCCAGCAAGCAUUUGGCAAAACCAUGUAUCAAGCUAAUUCUAGUUCCAUAGCUACACAAAGUAAUCCGAUUUGUGAUGAUGGUGAGGUGACUGAAUUCUCACACACACCCGGAACAUCCACUUCGGCCACACCAAAUGUCUGCACUGUUCUAUCUAAAGCUGUUCAAACAUCAAAUAAGGAGACCGAGACAAAAACAAUCAAAUCUAAUCAAAAGAAUUUACAUGAAACAAACUUCAAAUCUGAUAAUCUUAACUUGAAACUAAAUCAAAGUAUGAGAACAGUACAAACCGUUGUUUCAACUAACAUGCAACCAACACGGAUAGUUACAAGCCACAAUAAAGCUCAUGAAAGGCCUUCAGUGAUGCAAACUACAACCAGUGUCAUAUUCCCUUGUAAAACUAACACAACGACAGUCGCAACAGGAGGCAUCAUUCAUAGGAAGCCUGUGGCCAUUUUGAAAACUUGCACAGCAGCUGAGAAAGCCAGCCAGACCAAAUUGGACAAUGAAACCAGUUCUAAAGAAACUGUCAUCCACAGUAAUAUAAAUGCUCUUCUGACCGCCGCUCUUCAGAAUUCGACUUGUAGCUCGUCAGAAACCACAGCAAUAACUACAGUAACAUCUGGCUGCAUUUCAAAGCAAAUCGAGGUUGAGAAAAAGAAAAUGGAAAUGAGUGUUCAAACUAUUCUUCCAGUUGCAAAUGUACACAGAGUUGCAUUACCAUCUAGUAUGCAAAAGAAUUCUAGGAGGCAACCUGUGUUGACUCCCACCAAAUAUACACGAUCCGUGUUGCAAUUGACUAAUAUCAGCGCCCAAGCAUCAACCAACACACCUCCAGAAACUACACAUAGGUCUGUACAGUCUGUUCUCUCUCCUCCUCCUCCAACCACUGCGAAUGAGCCUCUUAUACCCCACAAUACAAUUUCGGAAACUUCUGUCAGUUCUAAGACGUUGGAACAAUUGAGGGAAUUCGAAUCAGUUCUGGAACAAGUGACCAGUACCGGUCAAAUGAAAGAUAGAAGCAGCACUUCACAGCCCCUAUCAGUAAAUUUGGAGCCACUUCUUCAAAUUGCAUCUUCUUCGAGCACAACCAAUUUCACAAAUACUUCUAAUAGUGGGUCUCCAACAUCCUUUCAUUCUCAUGCACAAUCAUCAAAAUCCACUAGUGUUCAUGAUUUACAUGGCGAGAGAGUAAGUUUGACAUUUAUUGGCCAGACUCCAGGCUUAUCUGCCAUAUCUGAUGAGAAAAUAACUUCGAGGACCCCCAUUGUGUUGGUUCAAAACUGCAGUGGUCUCUUAGCAUCUCCUGCUGCUAGCUCUUCCUCCGCAAGUCCAGCAUCUUCAAUUAACUCAACCACGGCAAAGCUUUCAAUAAAAACUAGCAAAACUGUGAAAUCAAAGACAUCAAGCAAAACUACUACUACCACCACCACUCUCAAAGUAUCAACACUUCAAAAACCACAACAAAAACCACAAGAGGAUGAACAAACUACACAACGAAUUUAUGCCAUUUUGGACAAGUAUGCUGAACAACUGAGGAAUUCUCCAGAACUAAAAAACAAACCAGCUCCUAGAAGGCGUUCAAAUCCUCCAACCAAUCCAAGUCCGACUUCCAAGCGAAAGAAAUCCACUCAAACCAAAUCAAAAAUGUCCUCUCAACAAGCGUCUUGUUCAUCAUUGAGUCCAGGAUCUGAAGAUUUGCGAACGAUGGGAAGUGAAGAUAGCUCAAAUGGAGUGAGUCAAAUCUCUCAGGUUUUGAAUUCUCCUCAAAGCAGGUUGGAUGAGCCAUCAACGCCGACUGGUGGUGAUAUAUCUUCAGAGACAUCCGAAUCCCUUGAUUCUAAAGAGUCCAGAGUACAACAUAGAGUGGUUCUUACCGAUUCUUCUGUUCAGAAUAGAGCAGUGAUUGUUCAAGACAAUAUGCAGCCAACUGUGAUCAAUGUUGAGGGAGCCAAAGUGCUCACUAGAAAGCAGGUAGUUGUUGGGGGAACUACAGCAAUGCCUUUGAUUUCUCUCUCCAAUGUGCCUGCUGGUACAGUGAGUACAGUGAGACAAGUUCUGUUUCCUGUACAUUCCGAAGGGAGGCUAGUCGUCGCUAAAGUGCCAACUUACAAGUACAAGAUCGUACCUGGCUCGCCACUGUUAACGUUCCAGCCAAUGUGUGUCAACAAGCAAAAUACUAAUGUCAAACAUAUGAAAAAUCCGGUUGGCAUCACUGCUCAGAACCUGACAGGAAUAUCAACUGCCCAAUCUGCAGUUGUGUUGCCACAAGACGCAAAAUUCACUAUAUCGUCAGAGGGUGGUUUGGAAGGCAAUAUCAGCUUAGACAACACGAUUCUCAUCAAUACCACGUCAGCUUCUUCGAUCAGCUUCUUGCACCAUCGAUCAGUUCAGAGCAAUCUGCUGACGUCAGUUGCUCAAGAUGCGUCUACAGCAACAUCGCAGCCACCUCGCUUAGUAACAGCCGCCACUGCCACAACUUCAACUUCAACAUCCACAACAUACCAAACAAAUUCCAACAACCUUCUAUCUAUCUGUACAUCAAACGUCAAUCUCAUGAGACAGCAAACAAAUGAAAAGCGCACUGUCGACAAAAUGCUGGAGACAGAUCUUUCAAAUGAUGGAUUGGACACCGUUCAAACUACUAAUGACAAAAGCUGGAGUCAGAAAAUUGGCUUUCGAAAACGAUGCGUAGUCGUACUCAUCAUAGUCAAAUUGAAUUCAUUUUAUAUUACAGAUCCGAAAGUACAAUCCAAAGUUGUGGACGAAUUGAAAUGCUUUAUCCUUAAAAAAGCUUCACCAAAACAUGAGACUGACGACAAUGAAUCUAGUGAUAGCACAAGUAGUGGCAGAGCAAAACAGGAGAACCAGACCAACGACAGGAAAACUGGUGAGUCCCGCGCAGCUUCAGAAACAGCAUGGCGCUACCAGCCAGGCUCGCCCAAAGCUCCAACCAAUGACGAUACUGAAAACGACCCAGAUGCCGACUCCAACCGACGUGACAAUCACGCUUCUCCUUCCCAGAUACGUCGCUACCAACGUACAGGCAGCGAUGUCCAGAAUACCAUCUACCAAAUGGCAUUCAGGAGGUCCGACCGAAUACGAGCGACCAGGAAACCCCGGGAGCCAGUCGACACUAGGACGGUAUCAUCGUUAGAUGGCGAGUUACGGCUUCAGAAAAGUCUUUCCGAAGAAUGCGAAGAUUUAGGCGUGGAUGAACCGAGCACCAGUGAUCUAUUCCCUGAGGCUGAGUUGUUGCUAGAUCCGGGGAAUUCGCCUCUUGAUCCAUCUAGCAGAGACAGCUGUGCUCAGCUCCCGGUGUUCAAUCGCAGUUUUGAUGAUUCCUGUUGUUCUUCAUCAUCGUCGCUGCCUUCAAGCAGAUCGAGUCCCAAGAGACAGCGGUUGUCGCCCUCAUCAGCCACCAUGGAUGACUCGAAACAGGGUGCAUCCUGGCAGCAGCAGCAUGACGAGAGACCAGCUGUGUUCACCUACUCCAGGACCCGUGUCAAGCCGAAAACUGUGUCAUCUGUGACCAAAGAUGCUGAUGAAGUGGAAGACGAUGAUGAAGAUGAUAAGUGUAUCGCUGCAACGACAACCGAUGAAGAGAUGAUGUCGGAAGGCGACUUCCGUAAUCUGCGUGUUCUGACGCCCAACGGUUUGGCCACUGUGCAGAAGACGCAUGUUGACAACAAGUCGCAGACUAGGAACAGUUGCAGCAGCAACAGCAACAGCCCAAACAGCUGUAACCAACAUAAUAAUCAGCGGCGUUCCUCUCUGAGAGGUCACGUGAAGAAGGACUGCAGUUGCUGUAACGGUGACUCCUCGCAGCCUCUGAAGCGAUCCUCCCCGCCACAUGACGACACAAUCAAUCUUAUCAAGAAAAGGUAGUUUUUCUAAUGUAAAUUGUAUAUUUGCGCCACUCAGUUGUGGCAUAGUUGACAAUUGAAAAUGACACAACCUGUAAUUAUCUCGUGUUAUGUUGAGUUUUAUAAGAAUGCCGCGGAAAACUCAUAUUUUCCAUUCCCAGCGAAUCACCAAAGAUCUCUCGAUUAAAUAAUAUGGAUUCGUAGGUGUAGUGUAUCCAAAACUAGACUAUAUUAUUAUAGAUGUUUUUCAUUAUAAGUUUGUUUAGUAUUAUGUUUUUAUAGCUCGCUUUGCAUUCUGCAAUGGCUCCUAGAUUAUUACGUACAUCUUUUUUUAUUGAUAAUCUCGCUUCAUUCAAUAUUGGGCUCCACUUCCCUGCAGGGAGUUAUAAGUUGAUUACCUUUUUUGUUAAUCAAAUGUUGCAAUUGAUCAAAUAGAUAUAUUAUGUUUCUUAUCGGUCGAGUUAGACUUGAGAACUGAUCUUAGAGUGUCAUAGCGAUUACUUUUGGGAGGAAACUUUCUAUUUGGCAUAGUUUUUGAAUGAUUUUUAUCUUUGUUCAAAUGAAUGUGCUUUGAGUAAUCUCAUAUCCCGUUGUUAUGCAAAUGACAAAACCCGGAAAUGGCUUAAUCGUUUUUUGAACGCAAGUCUUUUCAGUUACCAUAAUAUGGAGCUCUUUGUAAUGCCUAAUUUUGCAUUUACUGUACCAGGCAUUAUUUUCUCAUCUCAAUCCUAGUUUUAUGUUGUAAGUUUUGGUCUGAUUUAUUAGUUUAUGAGACGCUGAAUCAUGAAGCCUGUCUCUAUUCUAUAAUGUUACUGAAAAUCGUCAAUUAUUGUAUAUAUUAUGUAGUAUGGCCAUUUGUAAAAUUGUGUUAUUUUGUAACUAACUCAAUCUAGUCUGGACUUCUUUAAGUUGCCGGUAUAUGAUGAUAAUUUUGUUCAAGAGUUGUGAUUUUGCACAGUUGAUUAAUUUUUCUUCUCUGAUUCACUGGAUUAGAUAGUAUUAGUUGAUGGAAGGAUUCUUGGCUCAUCAUUAAUUAUUAUUCUCAUUACAAAAAAAUGGCUUAUCUCCUAUUUGUUGCUCAUUAAUCAUAUCGGUAGAAGUUUCGCAUUCUUCAUUUAUCUAUCUAUUAUACGCUUGGAGAUAACUCCCAAAAACAUGAAAAAAUUUUUGGUAUUAUGCAUACUUUAUUUGCUCAUUCCACUGGGGAGAUAACUCCCAAUUACAUGAACAUUUUGUUAGUUGUAGUUUGCUUACUUUAUUUACUUAUUAUCUACUUGGAGAUAACUCCCAAUUACAUGAAAAUUUUCAUGGUAGCAGUUUUACAUACUUUAUUCAUUUAUUAUACACAUGGUGAUCAAUUCAAUGGAUGGUAUCAAUUUAAUGACAACUUUGAUGGUAUCAGUUAUUCAUACUUUAUUCAUUUAUUAUUCACAUAGAGAUAACUCCCAAUUAUAUGAAUAUUGUGGUGGGAGCAGUUAUGCAUACUUUAUUCAUUUAUUAUUCACAUGGAGAUAACUCCCAAUUACAUGAAUAUUUUGGUGGGAGCAGUUAUGCAUACUUUAUUUGCUUAUUAUUCACAUGGACAAAAAUUCCAAAUACAUUAAAAUUUCAAAUUAUAAUGAUCUUAUUGGUAUCAGUUUUGCAUACUUUAUUCACUUAUCUAUUUGGAGAUAACUCCCAAUUACUUGAAAAUCUUGUUAGUAUUAGUUUGCUUAUUUCAUUUACUUAUUAUCUACUUGGAGAUAACUCCCAAUUCAAUGAAAAUUCUGAUGUUAGCACUUAUGCAUAGUUAUUCAUUUAUCAUCCACUUGGAGAUAACUCCCAAUUCCAUGAAAGUUUGGUAGCAGUUAUGCAUAAUUAUUCAUUUAUUAUCCACUUGGAUAUAACUCCUAAUUACAUAAAAAAAUCAAAUUAUUUUCUAUUUUUUUAUUGGUAUCAGUUUUGCAUACUUGAUUCACUUAUUAUCUGGAGAUAUGUCCAAAUUACAUUACAAUUUUGUUGAUAUCAGUUAUGCAAACUCCCAAUUACAUGAGUAUUUCAAAUGAUCUAAGUUGGUUAUUCAGUAUUAUAUGUUUUCUAUUUCAAUUAAGAAUAAUUGAUGAGAUGAUUAAUGUUUUUUAUUUGCAUCAUGAAUUUCCUUCUCAUAAUUAAUUCGUUUGAAGCUUCUUGUGUAAUUCAAUUAAGCUCUUCUAAGAAUCUGGUGAUCUUUAUAAAAUAUAAAAAAAUAUGAAGCUGACAUAUUUUGUAGUUUUUUCAUUUAUAGAACUUAUCUAUCAUUUGAUUAUUCUUGAUUGAAGGCAUUUUCCCAUAAGACCAGCUUUACAAUUAAAGUUUAAAUAUUCCUUGUCAUUUCCAUUCAUAAUAAUUACAAGAUUUUUUAUUACAAGCCCUCUUCAUACGUGCCUACUAAAAUUAAAUUUCUUACUGUCAUCUCCAUUCAUAAUAAUUAUAAAAAGAUCUUUAUUAUUAUUAAAGAGGCCCUCUUCAUACUUUUUUAGUAAAAUAUUAGUAUUACUUCAUUCAUUAUGAGCCAAUUUAUAAUUAUUAUUCCUUCAAUGUUGAAAUGAGUAAUUAUCUUUAUUUGUUUGGAAGAGUUAAUUUUUAGUUUUUUAGUAUUAUUGUGUGAAAAGAGUUUUUAUGUGUUGUGUGUAAGCGGAUUUCUUGUACCAUGUUUAUUUCAAGUUUGUAUUAGCCAAAGAAAAAGUAAAAUGUUAAUAGUGUAUAACGUUAAACACCAAUAAACUGUUUCAACGACGCCUUAUAUAUUGUAAAAAUUGUACAUCUUAUCGACUUUCACUUGUGCAAUAUUAAAAGAAAGUUUGUGAUGGAAAUUGAAAUGAAAAUUCUAUUAAUAGAUAUCAAUAUUAUUAUAAAUUUCUUGUCAUCUUUUUACGUUUUAUUUUUGUACGAGUAGUAAGGUAUUUCUGAAAAAGGCAAAUCAUGUAUUACAAAUUCAGAGAACAUAUUUAAUUACAUAAUAACAUAAUUCUUACAAUUAAUAACAUCUUGAAAUUUAAAAAAGUUUCACUUAUUUGAUAGGUAACAAUUUACCUAUCUUUUUCUACUAUGUUCUUGAACCUUCUGUUAGAAAACAUCCGGUAUAUUCUCUUAUUCUAUAUUGAAAUAAUUCUUACAUCUAUUAAAUUCUACUUUCCGCUUUAGCGUAGCUCAUUUUAGUUUGCCAUAUCUCAAAUAUGUUUUCAGAAUCUAAACUGAGGUUGGAAUCGAUUGAAAUAUCAUACUAUGAUUUUGUAAAAAUGAAAUUCAUAAACUUUAAAAUGUAGACGACAUAUCUCCUUUAAUAAAUAUCAUGUUUUGUUUA